CGCGCCGCCCCGCCUCCAACCCGCGACGCUGGCGCGAGCCAAUGACCACCGAGGGGGGCGGAGCCCGCGCGCGCUCUGCUGCGUGCAAAUCUGGGCCAGGCAAGGGGCGGAGUCUGAGCGGAGGGCCUGAAAAGGGGAGAGGCCUAAGGCCGGGACGGCGGGGAAAGAGACUAAGGGACGGUCCCUAAAGGGAGCAGGCCUGAAGCAUCCCAUUGGCUAGGCAGAGGGGUGGGCCUUGGGGGCGAGGUCUUAGCGGCUGGGCCACCCAAGCGUCUAGGGUCCUACAGAGCCAGGCUUGAGCAAUGGGAGAGGGGGAGGGGGAGGAGUGAGACCGCAAUGACUGACUCUGAGGGGCAGGGCCUGGGGGCGAAGCGGAGUGGUGUCGCGGGAAUAGCCAAUCUAGAAGUCGAAGCAGGACCCAGGGGCCCAAAGACCCAAAGGAUCCUCACACUGGCGGACCCACGUCGUCUCCGAUACCCAACAGUGCACCCUAAAGUGGCGUUUUAAGACUGGACCGCUGUGGAGGAUGAAGGAAGAAAACUGGAGGAGCGGAGUAACGGGGAAGAGGGUCAGUCCUGUAAGGAAAAGACAGGUGUGACUUCAUCAGCACACAAAACUGAAAGUUUAGCGACUGGGGAAGCUGAGGCAGGAGAAUCACAAGUUCGAGGCAAGCCUUCAGCAAUCUAGCAAGACCCUGUCUCAAAAUAAAAAGGAUUGGGGGUGUAGCUCAGUGGUAAAAGCACCACUGUGUUCAAUAACCAAUACCAAAACCAAAAAACAACAAAACCUGAAAGUCUUAACAGGUGAGUAAAUGGGCUAAGGGAGUCACACAAAGAAUAACAGGGAAGCCCAGAUCCUAAAGACUGGAGCAAAGCUGGCCUCUUCUGGAGGAUGGACCUGCCUACACACUGGGAGAGGAGGCGAAGGCAUAGAGGAAAGCACUGGGUAGAGAUGAGGGAUGAUGCUAAACUCUCUGGGAACAAAGCUCCAAGUGCUGACUUUGCACCUGUCACCAUGAAUAGGGUGAACAGGGAGGACAGAUAACAGAUGGGGCAUCCUCAGCAGGAGGGAUAAGCAGGCUGUCCACCAGCUAAACACCAGACCUGGCAGUAUGGGUGGUCAAGGCUAGGAAAAGUGAAGAUGAGGAGCACAGAAAAAGGGUAAGAGCCAAAGCUAGUGGGAUCCCAGCAUACCCUGACCCACCUCCAUCCCUUUUUCCAGCCUGUGACUCUUGAGGUCAUGACAGAGGGUACCUUAAUCUCUCUAAAUGUGAAUAAGUCAAGGUCAAACCCAAAGUUAGGCCAGACCUUCAAGGGAUCAUACUCUCCCAGGACACAGCCCAGAUCAGGUGCUGGACUAAGGGCUUGUCACAGCAGAGGGAUCCCACUGCUGGCAGAAACGAAGGUCCCUGUCCAGUGCUGCCCUUGCUGCUUGUGCCAUUCUCAGAGCAUUCCCAGGAGCAGCUUCCAGUACUCAGCAUGGGUUCUAGGUCCAGCCUUUUGCUUCUCCCCCAGAUCUGUCCUGGGAGCCCAGCCAGGACCAUAAGCUGGGCAAGGGCCCUAGGAGGGAACUUACAGUCGAGAGCAGAAUUCGAGUCAGUUGUCCUCGAAGAAGAGCCACUGUAAGAGAAGCAGGCCAGCAAAGGUUUGGAUGAGGAAAGAAAACUACAGAGAGGUGAAAAGUCUAACCAAAUCUUGCAACGAGAAUGCAAAGUCCUGCUUUCCCAAACUGCAGCAACUGAAUCUUUGCACCUCAUAACCCAUCUUCACCUUUCUUCAGCCUUGCUCUGGGCCCCUGCAAACUGCCUGUGUGAAUAAUGUCAAGAGCUAAAGGGAGGAAAAGAGGUCUGGAUCACUUUCCCUGAAACAAACCUGUGAUGUCACCACAGCCUAGCUCUUUCCCUCCAUCAACGGUUUUUGCCUCUCUCAGGGUGGUUUUCUCUAUACUCCUCCUUCCAUGUGGGCCAGAGGUCUGUAACUACCUUAGGGUACCUAUACUACCCUUGGAGUUCCCUACACUCUGCUUUCACCUUGUAAAUCAUCCCUUAAUUAAAUCCUCCUCAAACUAUUGUAAAUUCAGUGUGUCUGCUGUUUCCUGUUGAUAGGACCUGCCAUAGAUUCUCUAGAGUGACCUGGUUUGCAGUCACCAGCGCCAUCACUCUACAAGCAAUCCUGGUUAUGGUUUUGGAAACAUGGGCAAACAUUUGUGUUCCCCACAGCCCUCUCUUACCUCAAGUCCCAGCCAAGCAUGAGGGCACUCUGCUGGCCUUCAGUCUGCUCCAGCCCACUGGCAGAUCCUCCCAGGGUUCCAAGUCCAAGCCAAAGCCUCAUUUCCCUAGGGCACUCCUCCUUUGUGACUUCACCCACUGAAGUCACCUGGGAGACAGUGCUGAAUGUUCCAUCUUAGAGUCUUGGCCUCUUAGGAGGCAGGGACAGCAGGCCCGGCCAGCCCAGAGGACUCUCUGUCUACAGUGUAAAUGAGGACACUGCUGGCCCAUGUCCCGCAGGGAUGUAGAGGGCAGCCUCAGAGGCACUGGGCGCUCCCGGCACCAUGGAUGACGCUGCCGUCCUCAAGCGACGAGGCUACAUCAUGGGGAUAAAUUUGGGAGAGGGCUCAUACGCAAAAGUCAAAUCCGCUUACUCUGAGCGCCUAAAGUUCAACGUGGCGGUCAAGAUCAUCGACCGCAAGAAAGCCCCCACAGACUUCCUGGAGAAAUUCCUUCCCAGGGAAAUUGAGAUUCUGGCCAUGCUAAACCACCGCUCCAUCGUCAAGACCUACGAGAUCUUUGAGACAUCAGACGGCAAGGUCUACAUCGUCAUGGAGCUCGGGGUCCAAGGAGACCUCCUUGAAUUCAUAAAAACCCGGGGAGCCCUGCAAGAGGAUGAUGCUCGUAAGAAGUUCCACCAGCUCUCCUCGGCCAUCAAGUACUGCCAUGACCUGGAUGUCGUCCACAGAGACCUCAAGUGCGAGAACCUUCUCCUUGACAAGGACUUCAACAUCAAGCUGUCUGACUUUGGCUUCUCCAAGCGCUGCCUGCGGGAUGAAAGUGGCCGACUGAUAUUAAGCAAGACCUUCUGUGGGUCUGCAGCAUAUGCAGCCCCCGAGGUGCUGCAGGGCAUCCCCUACCAACCCAAAGUGUAUGACAUCUGGAGCCUUGGCGUGAUCCUCUACAUCAUGGUCUGUGGCUCCAUGCCCUACGAUGACUCCAAUAUCAAGAAAAUGCUGCGCAUUCAGAAGGAGCACCGUGUCAACUUCCCACGCUCCAAGCACCUGACAGGAGAAUGUAAGGACCUCAUCUACCGCAUGCUACAGCCGGAUGUUAACCGGCGGCUGCACAUAGAUGAGAUCCUCAGCCACUGCUGGGUGCAACCCAAGGCACGGGGUCUAUCCUCUGCAGCCAUCAAGGAGGGGGAGAGCUCCCGGAGCAUUGACCCGCAAUGGACCCCUGAACCUGGCUCUGACAAGAAGUCCGCCACCAAGCUGGAGCCUCGGGAAGAGGCUCGAGCUGAGGCACGACACGAGACACGGCCUGAGACAAAACCUGAGGAGGAUACAGUGCAAGUGGCCAGGCAAUCAGAGACCCUGGGCUUCAGCAGUGAGCAGAUGAUCAGGGAAUCAGAGGAAGGGCCUCCCCAACAGCCUCCAGAGACACACACCUAGUGAGCCUCUUGCAGCCCAGGGGGCUGGCAGGGAAUGAGGCAGAGCUCAUGGCUUGAAGCCUGAGCCCAGAAGGAAUCAAGGGAUGAGCAGAGAAGGAAGACAGUCCCGGAUGAGCCGCUAUUUUCGUCAGUUUCUUCUCCCACCCUUUGAACUUGGUAACUAACAUGGCUAAAGAAGCAAUAAAUCACUAUAUUAGUGCA